AUGAAGAAGCUCCGUGGGGCCGAGGCCCCUCCCCAGAUCUCGACGGAAAACAAUCUCGGCCGCCCCUUCGGCGGAGCUAACGAGGCGGUGGCAGCGGCGGACCCCACGCACCACCGUGAAUACCGCCUCUCAUCGCCGCCGCAGCAGCCGUCGAGCUUCGGAGCUCAAAAUCCUGCAAAUAGCUCGCAGCCCCUUGCUAUUUUCAAUUCGUGCUCAGCCGAACCCUACAAAUUCACAGGUGAAAUAGUUCCGUUUUUCACAAGCACACAGUUGAUAGAGCUUGAGCGACAAGCUAUGAUCUACAAAUACAUGAUUUCCUCUUUGCCUGUGCCUUAUCAUCUCCUCUACCCUCCUAUUUCCUCAAUGUACAGUGUGGGGUAUAGCAGAAAUGGAGCUUCCAUGGAGCCCGGAAGAUGCAAAAGGACAGACGGCAAGAAAUGGCGGUGCUCGAGAGAUGUGGCGCCCCACCAGAAGUACUGUGAGCGUCACCUACACAGGAGCCGCCCCCGUUCAAGAAAGCCUGUGGAAUUGGAUAACAACAGUAGCAUCAUCAAUGGUGACGAGAGUCUAAAAAAACCUCGGCUCGAGAUGAAAUUCGAUACAAGUGGUGUCUCGACGGAGCCUUACAAUCGGGAUGUCGGCUUGAUAAUGGAAAACGAUGCAUAUCCGAACAAGGGAUCUUCUUCGGUUUAUAUCCCUAAUGACCUUUCCAAUCAAGACUAUAGUUCAAAUCAAGUGGAUCAUCAAAUGCCAACAUUUUCCGAUUUUCCUAUCGACUUAGUGAGUGCUUGGUCGAUUGAUAAUCUCAACGGCAACUCAAACAACAACUUGAACAACUACUCGUCCUUACCUGCUGACAGUGAAGAUUUUUCUCCUUGGCUCAAUUUAUCUAUGGGCCUGGCUGGCCGGCCCGCAUUGGAUCAAGAAAUCGGGGAUGCUGUUGAAUUUUGUGAUGAGAAUGUGAGGUGGCCGGGCCCUGUUUGUUAUUCUGACCCAUUUGGGCCUGGCGGGCCUCUUGCGGAGGCCUUAGGCCCGAACCCAACUUCGCCCCACGAUUCUGUAAGUGGGCUCGGGACUGCUGUUUCUUCUCCUUCUGGGGUUAUUCAGAGGACGUUGUUUUCGCAGUCUGAUGGUAGCGUUUGCAAUAGCCCGUUGGAAAUUGGGUUGCCGAAGAUAAAGUAG